AUCAUAUUGUUUUUUCUUUACGCUUAAAAGAGGCUUUUCACGAUCAGUUAAAACAGCAGCAUUAAAAUGUCAUCGACAGAUGAACUCCGCGAGGUUCAAGUUGAAAUUCGCGGGACCGAACACGCAGCACAGCAUGGACAUCAGAUGAACAUUGAAGACAGAGAUCCGGCAGCCAUGAACGACCACGUGAAGGUAUUCUUCCAAGAUGUUUUCGCGGAACCCGGAGGCACUCACAGUAUCGAUGGAGUUUGGCGCACGAGCUUCAAAGCGUUUGUCAACACCAAAUACUGGUGCUAUCGAAUUAUUACAGCCAUCCUUGGUGUUCCAACUGCGGUACUUUGUGGUAUAUACUUCGCCUGCCUCAGUUUUGACUACAUAUGGUGCAUAAUGCCUUGUCUGAGAGCGUACAUUAUUGAGCUACAAUGUCUGGGCAAGAUCUUCGGGCUUUGUGUCAGGACAUUUUUCGAUCCGUUCUUCGAAUCGGUUGGGAAAGUAUUCGGGGGAAUCAAGGUUUCAACUCAAAAAGGAUAAAACUGACUAAUUAAGGUCCAUAGUGAUUAUAUCCACGGCAGGAAAUUUUUUGCCGUCUAAAGAAAGAGUUGGUACGAUGCUUAUUGGAGUGAAUUACGGCUAUAUAUUUUAGGAAACUGUUGUCAAUUAACGCAUAAACUGAGGGGUGCAUCAUGUACUCACUCAAAAUAACCUUUUCUGGAUUAAACUCAGUUUCACUUUCACUUUUUGAAGACUUCAACCCUCAGGGCUUACUAAGCACAGCGAACCCAAUUUCUACCUUGAGGCCAUUCUAAGUCGGAAUGUGCCAUGUUUGAUAUCCCUCUCAUGUACCUUAAAGUAAAAACACCUCACGAGUAAUCUCGUACCCAGACUCUACCGUGUAGCAGUAACUGAAAUGAAGGAUCCUUAUAACUGCUUUGCCGUGGAAGGUCUGGGCACGUGACUACCUAGUGAUAGGUUGGGCUUUUUGAAGGGAGCAAGACAGCAUAAAACUGAAAAAAGGACGUAAGUGUGGCUAUUUUC